AUGGCCGGCAAGGAGGCUAGACUGCUCGCGUGCGUGGCGCUCGUCGUCCUCUUGCUCCUCGUAGAGACCACCGCCCCCAGUGGACAAGCUCACGCUAUUAAUUGCGGCGGCGCGUGCUCGUACCGGUGCAGCAAGUCGAGCCGGCCGAACCUGUGCCAGCGGGCGUGCAACACGUGCUGCCGGCGCUGCGGCUGCGUGCCGCCGGGCACCGCCGGCAACGAGGACGUCUGCCCCUGCUACGCCCACAUGACCACGCACAACGGGCGCCACAAGUGCCCAUGA